AAAUUAAGAAACUAUAUGAGUUUCUGGGUUUUUUUGUUUUGUUGUUUCUUUGCAAUGCCAAGUUACUUAAAUGCAGAGGAAUUUAUCAACCUAAGGAUUUAGGGGGAUUAAAAUAAAUAGCAUUUAGCAUAAAUUUAACUAGGUAAUAAUAAAAAUUGUUAUCUUACAGGUCUUAGAGUUUUAAUUAUCUUGUACUUCUUAAAAUUACAACUUUAAAAAUUUCUUUUUAGAGGGGAACAGCAUUUAUGUCAAUUGUGGUCAUUUAAAGUGUCUUGGCCUAUGCUGUCCUCAAAUUUUCAAAACCAGACCUUGCCUGACCCAUUAAAGCGAAGGGCUAAGUAUGGCCAGCUGUGUCCGAGGAGGUUUUAUCCUCCCUUAGUUCUUCCUCGGAUCCGCAGUGGGUUGAUCCUGCCCUUUCUGAAAUCCACCACCAUGUUUGCUGGUCAAAUUGUACCCACUGGCUCUUUGAUGGAACUGAAUGCAGAGUUUGUUGCAGAAAAAUUCAGGAGCUGCAAAGUUAAGAGGCUCAACUGUAGCACAGAGUCAACAGUUUGCAAAUAAAGCCCCUGGAGCUAAGAUUUCCUUUCAUGUGUUAGCUGCCUCCAGGAUACAUAGGGGCAGGUGGGAGUGCCAGCUCUUGUACUUGGAAGAGUGGAUUCGGCUUUAGACAAAAUCCUGCAGAGUGACCCAAGGAAGCACUGAGGGUCUGAGGAACGACAGGGAGCAGAGAUUUACUGAGGAGAGUGUGACCUCCCGUCAUAGCACCAUUGCUGUUACUUGAGUAAAUUAGGUAGAAUCUUUCAGUAAGAAAACUUGGUCAAAGGUAUUCCAGCAGAGUCUUCCUAUGAAACCAUGCUCACUCAUCACCAUCUUCCAAGUGCAGCCCAGCUACUGCAGCCACCCACCCUGCAGCCCCACCACCUCCUCCUGCCAUCCCAUGGCAUCUCAGGUCCUCUGUGGGUACAAAACGGAGUGGGAACCAGUCCCUCUCCCAAGACAUACUGGGAUAGUGCCACGGGACACGUGUGUGCACAUCUGCAGGAAGGGCCGCAGGAGCAGUCAGGGCCAGCCCUGCCAGGCGGUCAUGUGGAAGACCCUCACCAAGCCCACGGCCGUGGAGGCUGGAGGCGGAUGCUGCUCUGAGAGCCCGUGACAAACCCACUCCUCCGCUGUCAGGCCGUCAUCUGCUGACGACGGAUGAUGGUUUUACCUGAAGCGUCUGCAUUUGUAUUUAAUAUAUUCACUUUUCAGGAAUAAAAAGGGAUGUUCCCAUGCAUUUUUUUCCAGGGUAUUUUACCGACUCCUGUUGUAGCCACCCAUUAUACAACCCAGCAGAACUGGAAGAAAACGAUGCCAUCGGAGUGAGGCGGGCGGCCCAGAGGCAUCUGCAAGCAGAGCUGGGAAUUCCUGGGGAGCAGAUUUCUCCAGAGGACAUUGUGUUCAUGACAAUCUAUCACCACAAGGCAAAAUCAGACAGAAUUUGGGGAGAGCAUGACAUUUGUUACCUUCUGCUUGUGAGGAAAAAUGUCACCGUGAACCUGGAUCCCAGUGAAAAGAAAAGCAUCCUCUACCUGUCCCAGGAGGAGCUGCGGGAGCUCCUGAAGAGGGCCAGGGGCGAAGUCAAAGUCACCCCCUGGCUAAGAACCAUUGCCGAGAAGUUUCUGUACCGGUGGUGGCCUCACCUGGAUGAUGUGACCCAGUUUGUGGAGCUUCACACAGAGUAUGAGAGGCAGGGAGGUCGAGUCAGCCGUGUGGAAUGCUCUCAGUGCAGGCAGACACACCAUCGAGGCAACAACACACCCAACACAGGGCGAAAGGGGCAUGUGAUUGCCCAUCAGCUAUAAAUCACUCGUUUCCUUUUCAUCAACUUUGUCAUGUCUUCAUUUUCCCUUUCCUUUAUUUCUAUAUUUCUCAUCUGCCUGGUGGCACGGAGGAAAUUUAACGUUUCCCUUGUCCCAGUUUCCGUUUUAUGAGCACUUGGUCGAUGAACAGCGGCUGAUCCCGAAAGUCUUGGGGAGAGCUUGAGAGUUCUGACGCAGGCGGACUAGCAUGGCUGGACCGUGAGGCUGCCUCCCCACAGCUUUAUCCGAGCCUCCAAGGUCAGGAGGGGUCUCUGCUCCAUCUGUUUCUUUCUAAAUCACUUAUUUCCAAGUGCAACACAAGGUUGCAUUUU